CCCACUCCCGGGGGAACGUUCCGUGCCGCGGCCGCCGCGGCCGCCGCUUCUUUCACACUUUAGUUGGGAGCUGCGCGCCGCGCUCAGUUACUGGAGACCUGGCCGCGCGCCGCCGCCUCCCGCACGCUCGCACGCGGGCCCGGCUCCGGGGUUUUGGGUUCUUACUCCAAGCGGCGGAGAGGAGGGGGAGCCUCGGACACACUGUGGGGACGAGGAGGAAGAGGAGGAGGAGGGAGGAAGAAAAACGGCGAGGAGGACAGGGGCGGGGGGCGGGAGGCUUGCUACCUUCAGCCCCCCCGCGAGCGCCCGAGGUGCACAUAUCUUGACCAACUCAGCAGCAAGGUGGAUUUUCUUUGUGUUUAAAGAAAAAAACAAUGUCCCCGUGUCUGUAGAGAUGAUUUGCAGUUCAGCCCGGCUGAAGCUGACCGAAUGAGACUAUGGGCUGUGCCUCCGCCAAGCAUGUUGCCACUGUUCAAAAUGAAGAGGAGGCCCAGAAAGGGAAAAACUACCAGAAUGGAGAUGUGUUUGGCGAUGAGUAUAGGAUCAAACCAGUGGAAGAGGUCAAAUACAUGAAAAAUGGGGCAGAAGAAGAGCAGAAAAUAGCAGCCAGGAACCAAGAAAACUUGGAAAAAAGUGCCAGCUCAAAUGUCAGACUUAAAACUAAUAAAGAGGUUCCGGGAUUAGUUCAUCAACCCAGAGCAAACAUGCACAUCUCUGAAAGCCAACAAGAAUUCUUCAGAAUGCUGGAUGAAAAAAUUGAAAAGGGUCGGGAUUACUGUUCGGAAGAAGAGGAUGUCACAUAGCACCAAUUUUACCACUCAAACCAGGAGCUACUACUGUGUAAAUAGGUUACACCCCAGUUGAAAUCUUUGCAAAGGUCGGUUCUAUUCAGCGAACAGCACUAUAGCAAAAGAAGAUCGUUCCAUAUCGUACGCCCCAUUAAAUUACAGUGUUUCUUAAUGAACUUGCAAAGGAAUAUUGCUAAAAACAAACAAAAAAAAAACUGUUAUUGAACUUUCUUUGUUGCUGCUAGUUAAAACUUGUUGCAACUUUUCACUUCUCUUGUGUCCAGGUAUGCAGCAAAAUUCUGCAAUUUCACCUUAAAGAUACUGUUGGUUUUACAGAUGCUCUCCAACCUAUUUUCUAUAAGAUGAGGUAGUGGUGAACUCAGAUAUCAAACUUCUAUUCUAAACUGGUUCUGCUUCUAAGACAAGCAUCUCCUGCCCUCUCUCCUUCCUCCCCAUCUCUCGCACGCAGUCUAGAGAUGGACUGAGCCUUGCUUCUUGCUGGCAGUGUUGAGCUUUGGAGUUGGGAUGGUUGCUAUGGCAAGCCUUGUUCCUCUGCUCUGAAGAAGUGGAGAAACCAUUAUCAAUUAGAAGCAUGGUGUGAUGUGACUCCUGGAAGUGAUGUAGGAGUGAGUGGCAGGUUGUUUGAUUUAAUAGGUAUCUUAGUCAAGGAUUGAGCUUGCAGCAUUGGCUUUGCUCAGAUGCAGAUGGAAGUGUGAUCACAAUCAUUUUCAAUCCCUCUUCCUCACUUUUUUUUCUAAGAAAAUAAACAUUUUACUGUUUUUAUGGAUCCUUGUCUUCUCCCAUUCAUCCAGCUCAGUGUUUUAAGAUGAUCCUGGGUGCACAAGUUGAGCCCUCCUUUGCAUUGACAGCGAUAAUUAGCCUAAAGGGCUCCCUACCCUUCCAUUAAUAACCUACCAAGCAUUAGCAAGGAUGUAAGGGGCCUGAAGAGGUAAGGGGAGAUCCUAUGACUUUUUAGGAGGGCCUGAAACCUUCUUAUUACCUUUCAUUUUGUUAGCAAAUAAACCAUCCUCUUUCAUAACUCUCUCCCUUCAAAAUGCUACAUGAGCCUUGCCACUUCCUUUUUCUCUUAUUUCCAGCACACUAGAUACAGGAAAAGCGUUUGCCUACUCAAAAACAUAAGACUUUUAUGCUAAUGAUGAUAUUUGGAGAUGUGAAAGCCAGAAGCCCCUGGCCGUGGUGGGGGAAUGUUGACCGAGUGUUCAGCAGAGUUUAUUUUUCCAUACUAUAUGAAGAGAAUGAUCUCUUCUCAAAGACAGAAGUGAUAUUUUUAACAAAUAUUGUCACAAGUAAAUAGCAAUCAAAAGGAGAAAAUAACUUUUGUAUUUUUUUAAUGUGUUUGAUAGCUUUGACGAGGGUUCUCUUUGUUACUUUCAGGGGAGGGCAUCUUAUUAAAUGCCAUGCCAGCAGUCCGGAUUUGGGUUUGGCCCACACAAACACAGGAGCCUGUAUGUUUCUCUUUUGGGGUUGUGAUUUUGAAGGGCCUUGAUAUUAGCCACACUGCCACCCACAGAAGGUGGAGAAUUAAGCUGUUCUGUGUCAGUUUGCUCUUGCCGAAAAGAUGAGCCUUGACUUUAAAAUCGAUCCACACAACCGAUGACACCAUCGAUGUGCGAAUAGUGAGAUUCCCUAUCUCCUUUUAGACCUGGGGUGGCAAAAGGGAAGGGAAGGAAACUUAGAACUGAGUGCUAUGGACAAUAGAUUCACAUAUUAGCAACAAAAUCCCUUAAUUCUUUUGGCCAACAGCAGCUAUUUUGGGGAGCAGCUGUGGCUGUUACAUAAAUAGAGAUGCAGCCAAAAUUUUAGGCUUUUUAUUCGGCUUCUAGCAGGAAAAGUGCAGGGAUAGUCAAGUAGUCUAGGGUUUCAGGUUCCCUCCCCUCGUAUGGUUUUUGGCCAAGUGACUAAAAUAGUUUUCCACAACUGUAAACGAACUGCUAAGCCCCACCUCAAACUUGUUCACUGGGGACUUUGUUCCCUGUUCUGUGGAUGACCUUUUCCGAGAUUUCUUGUUCUUAUUAAGCAAGAAUGAAGCACAGGCUAAACGCCUUCCAUUUGAUUUCUCCACUGGGUGUCUCAGACAGUGUCUUCCCAGAAAACCACCACCCUCUACCCAAACAUGAAACAUGCUCAUGUCAUUUUUCUCAUGGUCACGUUGAACCCUUUUGACAUGUUACACACGUGCAUAGAUCCAAGCGUUUCUUGGGAACCUGACUUUUGAGUGUUUAAUAAAACCGGAAAUGGUGUUGACCUGAACCAACAGCUUUUCACCCAGGUUCUGGCUCUGGUGUUUCACACUGGAUACAUCUUUGAUGUGCAAAAGUGAGUUCAUCUCCAGACACAUUUGAUACAGCCAGAAACAGAUCCAUGAAAUGGGGUGGUUGAGUAGGUCCGCAUGAAAUGCUUGAUUGUGUCAGCAACACCCAACAGUGUCUGUUUUCCAUUUGUUGGUUUUCAUCAUAAAAUUGUCAAGUGAUUCGUGUUUAUACUUUAUUUUCUUUAUGCCUUCUGAAAGGAUCUAAAGCGAAAUAUUUUGCCUUUUUUUUCCCCUAUGUGUGUCUGAACAUAAAGUAGAUUGGCUCAGUCACAAUGAAAAGAAUAAUCCAGUGUAUGUGUUGGUGCAUUCUGCUAGCUGUUAUCUCGGUAGGGCCCAGGAAGCUGGAAGGAGGAAGGGAGGAGAAGUGGCCUGGUGAGUAGGGGUAGAAAAACGACGAGGAAUGAACUGAGAGCAUUAAGCAGAGAGGGUUGAUAGGCUGGCCACGUGCAGGUGAAAUUGGAAAUCCAGCUGCCUAGCAGCCAGUGGGUGGGGCAAGACUGUCAAGGAGAUUUACAGCUGGCUCACACACGCCUUACGCCUCUGAGUUGUAGAGUUGUAAAAGUUCAGCAGUGUGUGCACAGCUUUCUUUUGGUUGGCAGAGAUUCAGGAUCAUGGAGUACUGCUCUCCUAAUUGAAGACAUGUUUGUUACUGGCAGAGAACCUUAAAAAAGGCCUUUACCUCAGCGAUGGUUCCUAGCCCCAGGCUUGCAGAGAACACAAAGUGGUGUUGUGGUUUAUUUAGGGACAAAGAAGGUAUAAAGUCCAGAGAUGAAAAAACUAGGUCAGCCCUCAGCUACUCCAGCAGCCACGCAGUCCUCUGGGAGACAGGUCUCUCUCUGUCCGCAGUCCCCAUGAUCUGAGCCUCAGCUGGGAUGACUCAACUUGGGCCCAGGAGGAGAGCUGGUUCUUCAGUCUUUGCACUGGCCCCGUCCUCAUCCCCAUCACUGUAAGGCGAGGAAGUACGUCUGUGUCAGGGCUCACCUGGGCAUCUGAAGUGGCCACGCCCCCCAGGAGCAGGCCCAGGAUGACGCAGCCCCCUUCUUGGUCCCAUGUGAUGUUAUCCUGCUCUGUUAUCCUUUUAUAACUUUAUCCUGCUAUAACGUUAUCCUCUUCCCAGCCUCAUCCCUGUUUUUCUCUUAGAGCAAGACUCUCCCAUAAGCCUGCUAAAAAAGAGAUGAUACCUCUUACGAACUUUACCUCAUAGCCUGUGACACAGGUUGGCAUGUGGAUUACAAGUCCUGCUUUGACACUGGGCAAGAAUUUAAAAGUGUUCUAUCUCUACUAGUCGUAGAAAAGAAACAUGGUUAAACAUGUUGAGUUUUGAAGGAAGAAAUAUUUUCAAAUUCUUAAUCCAAGAAAAUACUGAGUUGGAAUCUUAGACUUCAGGACUCUGAUACGUUCUUUAUGAAAAGCAAAAUAAUUGGUACCUAAAGUUCUCUCCUUCCUGCCUCCCCUAAAAGAAAAAGGAUAUUAGAUGGCACACUAUAAUUUUACGUAAGACCACUCUUCCCCACUUCCCCACUGGAAGGCAUUCUCAGAGCUUUAUGUCUUACUACCUCUCAGAGAUUGGACUUUUUGUCAAAACCCCAGCCAACAAUAUAAUAAGGCGUGGUUGGUGGGGACGGAAUAUGUAUUUAAGGGCAUAAGAAAAAGGUGACUUGAAACAGGAACUUUGGCUCCCCAGUGUCACGGGUGGAUGCCUGGACUCCAGUGUGCCUGGGAGAAGCUGGGCGAGGCAGUUGGCUAUCACACUACACACGUGCCUGCAAUAAACCUUUUGGAAUUCCAUGAAUGAGGUCUAUGAGUUGCCUUUUGCCAAUGAAUGGAUGUGUUUUUCCAAGGGGAGAAUAGUAUCCUUAACUUCAGCAGUCACCUUUUUGUAUGUCUCUGGAAAGGGGUCAAAAAGCUAGGGUACAAAGUGAGGCUUGUGGGUGAGUACCUCUAUGACAAACCGUAGAACUCACAAGCUGUGCCAUGUUUUCCAGGAGACUCUUGUACCUUAUUAUCUGGAAUCUAAUCUAAUCUUGGGAGAAGAGGAAAAAGGAGCUGAUACUUGUCAUUGAUACCCACUCUGGGCCAGAUACUGUGCUAGGCAUUGUAUAAUCGUUUUGUGUCAUCCUCAUAAUCCUGUGACGUGGAUCUAUUACCCACAUGUUCUAAAUAAUAGAUCUUAAGUGUGUAAUGCAUCUAUCCAACAUAAAUGCCCAAGUUGAAAGAAGGAAAGAUGCCAUUCAAGUAUUUUCCAAAUUCUUUUUAUUUUGACUAUGUCCUUCGCAACACUGUGAAAACAACCCCUGGGGGCAUCUGCCUUCCAGAAUCUCUCUCUUGCUCCUCACCAGCUUGGUUUCCUCAUGGGGAGUGUUUUAUUUGGCCUCCCCAUCUGAGCUGCACACACACCAGGAGAGGCCACUGGCUAACAGGAGGACUUCAGUGCCCGGGGAAAAGGCUUCGGGAAUUUAGGCACACAUCUCUCUCCUUGGAAUCCUUCUAGAAUCUGGAAAAGGAACAGGUAUUUCUGCAGCUAGAUACCAGAUGCAACCAGAACAGGCUUGUGAGGGCUGUGAUUUCUUUCCUGGGUUCCCAAGGCUUGAUGUUUCAUCACAGGUUGUAUCUUUUUAAGGUUAAAAGCCUUAACCUUCAUGGAGGUCUAGGGGAGCUCUAGCCAUGGAGGAAAGCCAACGCCUGUACCACUAACUUGUAUUGAAAUCCUUUCUUGUGGGCUAGGGCUUGAUGUCUCUUUUAGAUCUUUGGACUGGAGAUCUGUAUCUUCCAGGUCAGUUUAAACACUGAAACAAGAUGUGAAUCUCUUUCAAGAGCGUACAUGUUUUAGAUAGCCAUAUAAUGACGGAUAGACACUUAGAGAACUUGUUCCAAGGUCAGAAGACCCCCCCCUCCCGCCAAGAACUCACCAGAGUUCCUCUUCUUGCUUCUUAAAUCACACUCUCUAAAGACAACUCAUGUUUCCAUAGCAACUGUUAAAGGUGCUGCCUAGAGGGGACCUGCCCCCACCCUUACUUAGCUCGAAAGAACCAAAAGAAUCUCCUUGUGUAAAGGGCCUGUCAUGUCCAGUUUUCCUUUGAAAUCUGUCCUCCAAGAGCCUGCUUCGUUCUAACCUGGCAGCUGUCUUGUCCCUUCAAGAUGAUGUGGGAAAUGGCCCUUGUAACUUGGGAACCACAGAAAUUGCUAUAUUUCUGGAAGAUUCACCUGUAAACUGAAGGCUCCAUUCUGAUAGAGUUUGCCCUCUCUACCCUGAUUUCGCCCUUCUUUCCUUCCCAGGAGUUAUUUUUAGCCCAAGUCUUUGAACGUGAUUGAGUAAGACUUAGAGGCAGUAUAAAGAACACCAUAAACUCAGGCAGAGGCCCCUUAGAGUCUCUGUUUUCUCUAUUUUCAACUCUUGGGGUUGAAAAUAGUUCUAGAGCCUUAGUGGGGGGCCUCUUGGCAUUGACACCAAAGGCAGAGAGUACCCCCUGGUGUGUCCCGGCAUUUCAGUCCAGACCUUCAGGGACUGUUCUCUCUUGAUAGGCAAGCAAAUCGAUUUCAAGCCAGUUUUUCCAUUGUAAGCAAGAUGCAAAUUCAUAAAAUUAUCCUUCUCUUUUUCUGGAGUAGAUCCAGGCAGCUGCCUUGUUAGGACUUUAGAUUCAGAUCCAUUUUUAACACACAUGCACAGAUACACGCAUACAUACUUACACAGAGAGAUACAUGGAGAAAGAAAAUUUAUCAUUGGAAUACUUCAAGAAAAAGCUGUAUUUUGCCUUUCUGUAAUCUCCAAGAUAAUGUCUAGGAAAGUGUUAAUGUAACUCCAGAGAUACCAAAACAGGAAAAACUAGCGAUCACUUUUGAGAAAGUUUGAGUUCAACUCACAUGGGAGAAUCGAGGUCUACUAGGUUCUCACCUUGUGCCCCGUCUGUGCCCGGAUGCCCUACUCCAUCUGCUUGACUCACCUCGGCCGCUGGCCGGGCUAUUGUGGCUGACAUCCUUUCCUGGCCUUACAUGCAUAAUGGACACAUCCCUAAGGGCACGUGCCCGGUCCAGCCACAUACAACCACCACCUGUCUCACACACUCUCCCUCAUCCCUGUGGACUUGACUGUGGCAUUGCAGCAGCUCCACUGGGAUGCUGUAACUCCAGUGUAUAGAGUUGGGGGUCCCUUAAUCUAGGCCGACCCAGGUGUAGCAUUUUUAGCAUUGCCUUUCCAGUCUUGAGGAUUCAUUCAUUGAACUCACUUAUUUCUGGAGCCCCUGGGACACUCCAGGCACUGUGCUAAUUGCCAGCAAAGCACAACUGAACUAAACCCACCCUCAAGGAACCUAGCCAUAGCGAGGGAGGCAGCAUGGAAGUGCCCUGUAGGGAAAAGUCCUGGGUGCUGUGGGAGCAUCUCACAGUGGCAGCCAGCCCAGCUUUGACAAUCAGGCUUCCUGAAAGAGGCGGCAUCAAAGCCCAGAUGUGUCAGGGGACUGAGGGAGAGUGUUACAAAAGGACUUCUAGGCUGAGAGAACAGCAUAGGACUCAGCCCAAAAGGGCCAGUGUGGACUGCCCAGGACCAGCCUGCAGUACAGAGGCUGGAGCUUGGCCUUGCGGAGAGAGAGAGAAGAGCAAGGGACGAGGACAGGGCCGUGAGCUGGGCCGGCCACAGAGGGUUCCCGGGGCUUUGCUGGGGAUUCAGGGAGCAUAAAUAAGAGCUUCAGGUGGUGCUGUGUCCUCUGCAGCCCACUGCUGAGGUCCUCCAGACAGGUAAGGUGUGGUCACAAUCAGGGCCAGGGUUUCCUUCCUCACUGCAGCAGUGCACGGGUGCUUGCUGAGAUGAUUUAUCCCAGGGUGUCCUCUGUCCCUUACACAGCCUCAACUCCUCUUCCUCUGCCAAAAGCUAUUUGAAUUCAAGGACUUUAACCUGGGCUGGAUCUUGUUUGGACACUUAAGGGGACAGCUCUGGGUCAGGAUGGCCUUCUUUAGAGCCACCAAGGCUAAAAAUACCUUUUGGGACCAGGCUGGCCUAUACCCAGGGAUGAGAAUGCACCCUAAAAUAAAUAUACGGGAAGCAGCAGAGGGCUUCCCUGUCUAGUGUGUGAUCCUAACCAAAGGCAGCUCUCUUGGACAGCCUUCCCCUGGAUUAGGUCACAUACACCUGGUGGCCAAGCCUCUGCUGUGUCCCAAAUACACACCCGAGUCCUGCCAAAGAAAGGGGAGUUUUAAAAAGCACAGACAAAUUAUAUGCAAGUGGAUACCCGUAGGUCUAGACAGCUGUGGAGAGAGGACCUCGUGGGCACCUGGAGGCUGCCAGGGCUGGGAGCUCUGCAGAUCUGAGUCAGGGAAGGCUCAGAGACGAGCAGAAUCUCUCUAUGGAGACAACUUGCAGUGCCUUUUAGGUUCUCCAAAUAACCUACUCAAGAGUUUAGAGCAUUGGGUUUUUUCUCCCCCUCCCUGACCCCAGAAAAAUAAUUACAAAAAUGUUUAGGAGAAGGGAAAAGAAUUAGCUGCAUCAGAAUACCAGCUGUAAGCCAACACAGUUUCCAGAAACUCGAGAAAAAGCUCAAACAGAAGACAGUUCCCCUGAGAGGCUGGAGGAGUUGGGGCUGAAGGCAGUUUUCCGAGCUAAGGGACUCUGGGCCUUGCUGCUCUUUGGGGCUGGCAUUUUUUGCAAAACGCCCACACCUGCCCUCCUGGCAUACUCAACAGCAACGUUGCGCCAGCCUUCUGGACCCUUGGAAAGAUGUUAGCUCGAACACCCACUCUUUUUCUAGAUACUCCUCCUGCCCGUCACUGAGGAAUUUGUAAUUCUGUGGCUAAAUUCCCACUCGGAUAUUCCACAGGCCCAGGUGUUUAGAAUUUGUCCAGCGGUAAUCCUGAUGCUGGAAACCAACACCCAUUUGGCCUCACAUUCACCCAUGUAAGAACUGGAGCCCUGGCAGGUCUCCUUAGGGCCACAUGUUCAUGGAAUAUAAGCCAAGUUUGCCUUAGGGCACCCUCUUCCCAUUCUCUGCCCUGGCCCACUUCCCACUCACCUCCACCUCCUUGCCAGGAAGGGAUCAAAAUGACUCCAUACCAGUUGUUAAUGGCAUAUUUGCUCUUCCCAAGGGGACUUGCAUUGUAUUUAGGAGCAUGGCCUUACAUUCAAGGAAUAUCUAGCAUCGAGAUUAUGAGGCAUCACCUCUCAAUAAGGUCUGAGAGGUAUCUUGGGGCAUUGCUGUUCUGAACACCCACAGAGGCUUCCUCAGGUGAGCUCGGGAGCCCGGAGGGUGGCCUCCCUAACCACUCUGCCUGCACGUGAAUUCUGCAAAGCGGUGGGCCCCCAUCUGUCUCAAUUGCACAUGCCUGUCAGCAAAAACUUGGUGAGAUGCACUAUGUUUAUUAAUUGAUUUAAAGCAUAUAUGCCUUUACUUGUGUACUAUUAGACACAUUAUAAAAAGUACACAGCAUAGAAACUUUAAAUGAAUAAGAUGCAAAAUAUUACACACAGAGGUUCUGGCAUUUUCUCUCUGAACUCCUGAGGAGGACUUUGGGUACCCCCUGGUGUAUGCACACCCCAUUUUGAACAACCCCGCUUUAGCAAAUCAGCACAACAAAUAGCAUCCCAAACCACCGUGCAACAUUGGCCUGCAGAAUAAGGACGUCCUAAGACGUAAUCCCCCGGCACUUCGAAUCUGGGAGAUGAGGCCAGAAAACUCACUCACAAACAACAUAAGUGUAAAUAAUUCAAAACCCCAAAGGAGAGCUGUCCCUAGACAGGAGUGGCUACAGGUGCUGAGCAACGGUCAGGUACACUAGACGGAGCCAUGCGAUUGUUCAUCUUCCCCCUGGGUCUCAGAAAAGGACACUGGCAAUAUCCCCAGCUCUCUCCUGACUGGAAUUCUUUGAACCCUCGAAGUGCUCCAGCAGUACUAACCCCCACGCAGCAGUGGGCCCAUGUCGCUUGAAUAUUAUUUUUGAUUUGACCACCAAGAUGUUAUGAUGAUUCUAUUCCAUUUUGAAAAGGGUCUGAGAAAGUGUACAGGUCUAAUUAUAUAUACAUAUUUAUACAUGUGUAUUUUUGUUUAUUGUUACAUUUUGACAUUGGACUUUCUAUUAAAUAAUUUUUAAGAGUU